UUCAGAACUGCCCUCUUGCGCUAUUCAGGAACAUCUUGGGACCGCACUGUAGAAACACUCAGGGACACCGUUGGUAAGAACCGAAGAUGGUGUCUGGUGGUUCCGCAGUUCACUUCGCUUCUCCGGAGCAGUCCCUGAGGUUGCAAGGAUUUGCGGCGAGAACACCUCCCCUUCCCUCGGAGCGCACGGGGCCUUUCGAGCUGAUACAGCGGGCGGAGGAGAAGGCAGGCGGUGCGGUGGGCGGGCCCAGGGCGGGCGGCGCGGUGGGCGGGGCCUGGGCGGGCGGGAUGCACGUCCCCGGGUGCCCGUGCGCCCGGAGGCCGCCUCGCUGUGCCGAAGAGCUGCCGCGCCGAAAGCCUCGGGAAGGACGAGGAACGGCGCGAGGCCGGGCACGAUAUGCCUCCCGCUGCCGUGGUCCCCGCUGGCGCCUGCGCGCCCGCGGCCUCGGAGUCGCAGUCCGGCCGCGGGCAGGCAGCGCUUUGAGGCCCCAGGAGGGCCUCAGCGCCGGCACUCGCCGCCUUCCCCGCCACCUGCGGCUCCGCCUCGGCUCGCUUCCUCAGCCGCCGGCCGCCAUGGCGUGUGCCGCCCGGCAGAGCGCAGGCUCGGGACACACGGGACCUCCGCGGCACCGGGCGCUGCGCGGCCUGCUGUUGCUCUGUCUGUGGCUGCCGAGCGGCCGCGCGGCCGGACCGCCGUCCGCGUCGCUGUCCGAGCUGCACGCGCAGCUCUCGGGCGUGGAGCAGCUGCUGGAGGAGUUCCGCCGGCAGCUGCAGCAGCAGCGGCCCCAGGAGGAGCUGGAGCUGGAGCUGCGCGCGGGCGGCGGCCCCAGGGAGGACUGCCCGGGCGCGGGCGGCGGCGGCUACAGCGCCAUGCCCGACGCCAUCAUCCGCACCAAGGACUCCCUCGCGGCCGGCGCCAGCUUCCUGCGGGCGCCGGCGGCCGUGCGGGACUGGCGGCAGUGCGUGGCGGCCUGCUGCUCCGAGCCGGGCUGCUCCCUGGCGGUAGUAGAGCUGUCUCCGCGACCCGCGCUGGGCUGCUACCUCUUCAACUGCACCGCGCGCGGCCGCAGCGUCUGCAAGUUCGCGCCGCGCCGCGGCUACAGCAGCUACAGCUUCAGUCGCAUCCGGCAGGGCGGGCAGGAAGGCCAGGAAGCUGGCGUCCCGGCCACGGCCCGGGCCUCGUCUCGGCUGGAAAAAGACAAUCCCCCGCUUAGCAAGGCCGGGCAGGACGUGGUUUUGCAUCUCCCCAUGGAUGGGGUGAUUUUGGAUGGCCGCAGGAGCACAGAUGACCACGCCAUCAUCCAGUAUGAGUGGACACUGCUGCAGGGUGACCCCUCAGUGGACAUGAAAGUCCCUCAACCAGGAACCCUGAAACUGUCCCACUUACAGGAAGGAACGUACACCUUUCAGCUCACUGUGAUGGACACUGCCGGCCAGAGAAGCUCUGACAAUGUCUCCGUGACCGUGCUUCCCACGACCUUCUCCACAGGAGGAUGCCUCAACACUUGCUCACGCUACCACUUCUUCUGUGAUGAUGGCUGUUGCAUUGACAUCACACUGGCCUGCGAUGGAAUGGAGCAGUGUCCUGAUGGGUCGGACGAAGCUUUCUGUCAAAAUUUGAGCCUUGACCAGAAGAAGGUGACUCACACAGCAACUGCCCAGCCUAGAACCACAGGACAGAGCAAAGACACAGCAGGGGGCUCCUUAGCGGAGAAGUCCCAGAAAGCCACUGCCCCAGACCAGCCACCUGUGUCAUCACCCACAGAAAAGAGGAAUCAUUCUGCCUUCGGGGCACCAGAGAAUCAAGCUGAUCCUGUAAAACCAGGUAAGGACUUAAGGCAGGCUCUCCACAAAGAGACUCAUUUUCUUGGCUCAAAAUUAAGGUUGUGUUUGAAGAGAUGCCUCAACACUUGCUCACGCUACCACUUCUUCUGUGAUGAUGGCUGUUGCAUUGACAUCACACUGGCCUGCGAUGGAAUGGAGCAGUGUCCUGAUGGGUCGGACGAAGCUUUCUGUCAAAAUUUGAGCCUUGACCAGAAGAAGGUGACUCACACAGCAACUGCCCAGCCUAGAACCACAGGACAGAGCAAAGACACAGCAGGGGGCUCCUUAGCGGAGAAGUCCCAGAAAGCCACUGCCCCAGACCAGCCACCUGUGUCAUCACCCACAGAAAAGAGGAAUCAUUCUGCCUUCGGGGCACCAGAGAAUCAAGCUGAUCCUGUAAAACCAGUUAUCCUACUUGUGGGAAUUUAUGCCAAGCACAUUACUAAGGGUAAAGUUAAAAGUUUGUACAAACACUUGGCCACACAAAUGAAUGCACACUCCAUGCAUCCAGGGCUCAGGUCAGCCCUGCACAGGCCCACAGCGGUGCGGGUGUUAGCCCGCCAUGGCACAGUGGCUGUCUUGUCCGUGGAAGUGGCUGCAGCCCUAUUUAUCACUGACCUUCCGUCUUCCCCUCACUUUUUCACAGGUGCAGUGCUCCCCCUGUCACUGGGUCUGACCAUCACUGCUUUGCUGCUUCUCAUGGUUGCUUGCAGACUGAGACUGGUGAAGCAGAAACUUAAAAAAGCUCGUCCCAUUACAUCUGAGGAAUCCGACUACCUCAUAAAUGGGAUGUAUCUGUAAGAAGUGUAAUGUAAGUAGCUGGGGGCAAGGACAUGUUUCACUUGUAACUUAUACGUAUAUUGGGUUCUGUAUAUUUGCAACCUCUUUUGUUUUUUACUGGGCUAAGAAAAUACUGAAAUCCCACAAGAUUCUGAAAAUCUCAAACCUUUUAUUUAUUGUAGAUUUUCUUGGGAAGUAUGUGAAAUAUUUUGAAACUUAAGAGAGGAAUUCUUAUGAUGAAAGGCUUUCUAAUUUUUAUUUAUGUAAGCAGUCCCUAAAAAUAGAAAUUUGUAGUUGGCCAAGGCAGAAAAUUCAGCAUGCCAAAAGGUGGCCUUCCAAUGGCAGUGCUAACCCUUUGCUUUUCAGAAACUCCUCCCCAGCUCCCGGCAGCCCUGGCUCCCUGUGCCCACUUCCCAUUCUGUGGCCCUCCUCUUCCAUUCAGCUAUGUGGUUUCCUUUCUCUUCUCCCUUCGAGACCUGUUCCUGAGAGUGGAUUUCAAUUGAGUUUCUAACUUCAAUGAAACGUUACCUAAUGGCAGGAAUAUCUAAAUUGUAAUCCUCACGGACAUGCCACCGAGGCCUCAGAGAGGGUGAAUGUGUGUUCUUCCCAAGAGUCAUGCAGUGAUAGGAAGUCAAGGUAGAUUCAGAAAACCUGGCAGGGCAAUAAUCAUCAGAAAUUUAGCUGAGGGCAAAGUGAGCGAGGAUGACAAUCGGUAUUUUCUUCUGUCUACUCAGCACUGCUUGAGUUCAGAACACAGCAGCUCAUUUACACAGUCAGUUCUCAACAUUAGCCUGUGUUCAUGGAGGAGAAAAAUGCAUUCAAGUUGAAAAGCAGAACAUUGAAUGGCUUUGGGGGAACACCUUUUGUAAAAAUGUCACAUUUAAGUAUCAGCAGGUUUUUUCACCCCAAGGAAUAAGCCAGUUUUCCCCAUUACUUCUUUAAUGCAUUAGAAUGUUAGAAUGUGCAAUGAGCUAAUGCCAGGCUUAUGUGUUCCCAGAGCAAAAAGCAGUUUUCACAAAUUCAUGUUUACAAAAAACUGGCAUCUAGCUUUGCAU